AUGCAUUCCAGUGUGUGUUAUGAUCAGCAACCAUUAUUUUUAUCGUACGGACGUACUCAUUCGAUACCGAUAUCAUCCGAGAAUGAUUACAAUACUGGUCUGAGUUUAUCGUUGCCUGACUCAGCUACUCACUUAAAUCAAGUGGAAAUAUUGGACGAUAAUAAUGACAAUGCACAUCAUCGUUUUAACCGCACUCCAGUCGUUCCUACGAAACGACGCCCUCGUCUUGUUCCAGAUAACGAAAAAGAUGCAAACUAUUAUGAAAAACGUACACGUAACAAUGAGUCUGCAAAACGUUCUCGUGAUGCCCGACGAACGAAAGAACAACAAAUACAAGAUCGUGUCAUGUUUUUACAACAAGAGAAUGCUCGUUUAGCAUUCGAAAAUCAAACUAUUCGUUACCAACUUUCUCAACUUCAUCUUCUCUACAACAAAAACAAACUUUAA